AUGACUGGAAGAGGACGAAAAGCGGCAGCGCCGAAGAAAAAAGCUAAUGGCUACAAAAUGCCAGCACCAAUUCCAGCAGGAGAAGUAAUUAAUGAUACGAUAGCUAAGAAGAAAUGGAGAAUCGGCCCUUCGAUUGGAGUCGGCGGAUUUGGGGAAAUAUAUUCAGCGUGCAAUCAUGAAGGCUCUCCGAAAAAGGCAUCUGAAUAUCCAUUCGUCGUUAAAAUAGAACCUCAUGAAAAUGGACCACUGUUUGUAGAGAAGCAUUUUUACAUAAGAAAUGCUAACAAGGAUGACAUUGCCAAAUUCAUGAAGGAAAAGAAAUUAUCAACAUUUGGCAUGCCAAGUUACUAUGGAAAUGGCUCACAUACCUUCAAAGGUGAAAAGUACAGAUAUUUAGUCCUAGAAAGAUAUGGCAAAGACGUGUGGAGUAUAUUUAAGGAUUCUGCACGAUCAUUUCCACCAACUACUGUUUUUCAAAUAGGACUGCAAAUGCUAGAUGUGUUAGAGUACAUCCACAGUAGAGGCUAUGUGCAUGCAGAUAUUAAGGGAGCAAAUAUUCUAUUAGGACUUAAGAAGGGAACAGAGAAUCAGGCAUAUCUGGUUGACUUUGGUCUGGCGACACGGGUAAAUGAUAAAGAGUUCAAACCUGAUCCGAAGUGUGCUCACAAUGGCACCAUUGAGUAUACAAGCAGAGAUGCUCAUUUGGGAGUAUCAACAAUGCGUGGAGAUCUGGAAAUCUUGGGGUAUAACAUGCUUCAGUGGAUUGUUGGUGACCUACCUUGGGAAAAGGUUCUGUCCCAACCGAAGACAGUGCAGGGAAUGAAGGAAGCCUUCAUGAAGAAUGUUCGUGCUGAAAUCACUAAGAAAUAUGAUAAUGUACCUGAUCAGUUAAUAAAGUUUUUUGAAUAUAUAAACAAAUUAAAACCAAAAGACCCGGUCGAUUACACAAAAUGCAGACAAAUAUUUGAAAGCUACCUUAAAACCGAGGGAAAGACGAAAUCGAGCAAAUUAGAAUUCGCAUCGAGCAAGAAACGGAAAGCGACAAAGAAAAAUGAUAUAGUAGAUGAUGAAAGCGACGAAAAAGCACCCGAAAGCGAUGAAGACGGUGAUAACAACGCUGAUGAAUCUAAACCAAAGAGAAGAACAACGAAGCGUAAUGGUAUAGUUAAAACCAGAAGUAGGAAAAAGAAAGAUGAAAAUACGGAACCGGAUAAGAAUAAAAAAUGGCUCCAAAGGCCACGCCCCCCCGCGAAACAGAAUCACACGAACAUUUCAACGCAGACGUCGGAAGAAAAAUCUAAGAAAAAUUUGCGACAGGUGUCAUUCGACAGUCCCAUUUGUGCUGUCAUCGGUGAAAACAAAGCUGACUCCAGCGGAGACAUCUUCGAUGAUUCCUUCACUAUUGAAAAUAAAAAGGUGAAGCCGAAACCAAAAAGGCGUUUGCUGUCAGAUGAAGAGGUAACUGUCACAAGGGUGGUCAGGCGGAAGGUGACCGCGACCAAGGCUAAAGGCCGCUCGUGGAAGGACACGGCUGCAGUGCUCAACGGAAGGUCACCGCCCAAGGCAUAA